AUGACCCUUCAAGCAACGAAACAAUACCGCCUCGACUUUGAGGCGUUGCGGCCAAGCAAGAUGGAUCCACGCGGAACCUACAGCCAGGAUUUGCAUUUGGAAGCGAUUGACUUCAAGCGCCGAAUGCGCGAGGCUGGAAAUACUCUCUACGACGAAUCUGGACCAUUUGCAGAUGCGGAGCCCUGGAUGUUUAUUGCGUUCAUGCCGGCUUCAGGAUCCAUUGUACAUCAGAUGUUUGUACCCGAAACCCAUGGACGCCAGAUUUACCGAAAAGUGUGGUCCGAGGUUGCUGCCAACCUAUGCGGUUACGGCUGCACUGCUGUGCACGCUGCCACCAAGAAUCCAGCCCGGUAUGCUGGCAUAGAGAGAACAAGGCCCGCACGAAUUACAGUGUUUGACGCUGCGUUCGCCCAGUGGCUCCGUGAAGAGGGCCUCACGGAGCAGGCACAGCGCGUGACAAAAGUGGAGCUCGUGACGGAUGCGACGGUGAUUCGUCCAGGGUUCGCGAUUGCUUCCGACCUGCAUCCGGAAGAGAACACCUUUCGUGCACUCGUGGACAAGUUUUAUCAUGAUUUCGUAGAGUACUUGGCGAAAGAGGAAGACGACCAACACUGGCUACAGGAACAAGAUUCGCAAGCGCUGAAAAAAAUGAUGCCCAGCGAGACAACGCGAAUUAGCACACCGCUGUCCGCAGCUUCUACGCGGACACGUUCCACUUGCCCUUCUCCGCAACAAGAGGAGGAGUGUAGUCCUGAAGAGCCUUGUUGUUCAUUUACCGAGGGAGAUAUGGUCGUUGUUCGGGGACUUCAAUCGGAGCAGGGAAAAGCGUUGAACGGCCAAAUAGGAGUGGUGCUCGGGGGCGGCGCAAACAGCUCUACUGGGAGAUUACCAGUCAAAAUACUGGCGCAGGUAGACGUUUCGAGAGCCCUGAAAGCUGAGAAUCUAUGGAAGCCGCGCUUCGCCCUGGGCGAACAUGUUGAUGUCCGCUUGGGAGGUGCUGCAGCUUUAUCGAACAGUCCUACAAAUGCAGCUGCUCUUGUGAUCGCGUACACAGCUUGUGACGAACUCGGUGCUGAUAGAAGUAGUGCUGCUCCCGAAUAUCUUGUGGAGUUGCUCGCUAACGAAGAUGAAGAUACGAAAGGGACUAAUGAGACGUCAGCCGUUAAAAUUGUGAACGUGCCUCUUGUGCUGAAGCAGUUCAAGGAAAGCGAGUUGGUGCGUCAAGAUCCGGCUGUGCGUGGAAAAAUCCGUCCGAACACUGAGCCGCUGAUGUGGAAGCCCGAUAAGCAGACCGGCAUUCCGGGCCCCUAUAUUGCCUAUAAUCGGUACGUUUCAGUGGCGGAGGGUAGAUUUAAAAUUUAUUCCACAGCCAUCGACGACCCGGACGGUUUUGUUACUGUCGAUACUGCGAGCGAUGCGCCGAACGUACCUGCCGACAAGGCAAUUCUGCAGUAUCACGCCCAGCACGAGAUUCCGAUCCGCGGCCGUGCAGAUGGCCAAUGUGUGUUCGACUUGUUUACGCAGAAGAACGAUGGUUCCCAUCUUGCUCCGAGGCCUCGGGAUGCGGAGUUUGAGGAGUUGGUGGACACCUUCAUAGGAUUCUCGCACUUACACGGUCAGUUUGCAUCGUCCAGGCACAAUCAGGCCGCCUACACAAACAACGUACGAGUGCGCAAGAACCGUUGCUUAAACCGCUUGCGCUACCUACUCGGAUCGAAGCGACUGCGCAUGACACAAGCCCGGGCUCGGAGCCUUGAAGGUCUUUUUGAUCCGCCCCGAGAAUCGACAUGUUACAUGGGACACGGGGUUUCGCGCGACGUGGAGCUGGCUAUCGAGCCUUGGUUCGGCCAAGCUUUGGACUUUUAUCGCCUUCUGGAGCGACGCGAUGACGUACAGCCCGACGAUAAGGACCGUUUCUACGAUAACUGUGUUCAGGGGGUGCACAAAAACAGCCAGUAUUCGAGAUACAUCUCGGCGGUUGCGGCAGAUCAAGCCAAGAAGUACGCUACUGCGCAGGAUCUUGCUGUCCAGCUUGGGUUUCUAUCUGCAAACUACGAGUAUUCGCUAGCACGUCGCAACAAACUUGCUCGCGAGGCCCUGCGGCUGGAUUUGGAUGGCAGCGUGCACGAUGCCGCCCUUGCGCUUGCGCAAGAUCUGCAGAUGCGGGGACAGCGGGCCUUCGCGUUGCAAAUUGUCGCUCAAACACUUCAUCGCGUGCAUGUGUCGUUUCCGAGGUACAGAGAGGUGCUAGAACGGAUUUUGCCUGUCGCACUGAAGGCGACGGCAGCGGUACCUGAGCCAUCAGCUAGUACCCGUCUCCUGAAGGCCACUGGACUUGAAGCCCGCGAACUGUUUCAAAGGGUUCACGAAUUCGAGAUGAUGGUAUACAAACGCGAGCUGCGUCUUCUGUGGAGUGACAUGGAGCCUCGACCGUACUUGCGCCAACUCAUGUUGAAAGCCUGCCUCCUUGCCGAAACUGGAAAUCACCGGGCUGCAGCCGUCAUCGCAAAAACGCUCCUCGUUAUGAAUCCUUCCGACACUGGGGGCAUGCGGAAAGAAUGCUGCAACUGGUGCGUUUCAGCUGGCGACUUUUAUUUUCUGCGACUCGGGAUCCUAGAAACACCUUUUGAAUGUAUCGCAGCAAGGCAUAGCGCAGUCAUGCUGUACGUAAAUGUCUGGAUGGGAAUUCGAGACGGAGCGCCAGACCUGGCUUGUCGGUUUGUCGAAGCCGUGCAAGAGCACCCCCUGUGCCCGAUCUUCAUUCUAGAAAGGGCGGCGCGACUCACCGCGGGGGAGCCAGACACAACCACGGAAAUUCGUCGCUUUGUUGCCGGUGAAGGCCCAGUGAUAGAUGGCGAAGAAGGAGAUGGCGAACCAGAUGAGCAUAUGGACGCGCGAAUGUGUGCCUUCCAGCUCACAAAGCCUGUUUGGCUCGACGCUUCGCUGCCAGGCGGUGGAAAUGGCUGCGAUUGGUUGCGCAGACAGGUUGCGGCGACAUCGCGGAGACCGUCAAAAACCUCGCUUGAUAGGCUGCUCUGCGAGCGGCGGUUGUUGUUAAAGGUGAAAAACAGCGCUUUGCUGCCAGAUUGUAUCUGCGAAUCCUCUACUCGAGCGGCCGAUGCCAUGGCCCUCGCCUUGUCGAGUGGGUCAACGCCUCCCAGCCCGAUGACCCCAACCGCCUUGGACCUUCGCAUCGUCUACGUGACAAAAAGAAUGCAAAUUAUUCCGUUUCCGAAGCGCCCCGGAAGGCGAGAGUUGUUGACACAGCUAGUAGACCGAGACGGCCCUUCCUCGCAGGGAGCGAUUACCACGACGGGAUGCGGCCCACGUGUUGAAGCAGCCUUCGACGACCUCUACAUUGUGCACGACGAGUUACAAGAUAAAUGGAUCGCAUUCCGUCACGAUGAUGUAGUGGAUGCGCCCCUGAUAGACGUUUUGAAGAAGUGUGCACCGCCGGACGAUCUUGCGUUGCCACUUGGUGAGACAUGGGAAAAUAACUCACCAAGUUCCCGUGCGCAGGAACAAGAGAGGGCCCGGCAGCAAGCUGGCACAGACGAUGAGAAUCGGGAACGUGCCCUCUUCGAAGAGGAUAUGGUAGCGUCGUUUUUGCGACAAUACCGUCACGCAAGCAUCGCGGCGAAAAACAUCACUAAGAAAGAAUCGGCACAGACGCAGCGGCUGCUUGCAUGCGAAGAAAUAUUGACACAGGUGGAAGAUGAACUUCAGGACGGGAGAGCUUCUUUCGCAACGCGUAUCGAGCUCGAGAAAAUGAAGGAAGAGUUGACGGAAAGCCACACUGCAGUCGUAGCACUGGGCGAAACACUCCGUGAGGACGUGGUCGACGUUAUCUCCGAUACCGUCGAGCAGGACCCAGACGUUUUAGCGGUUGUGGAGGCGCACGAAGACAAGCUUAUUGAAUCGUGUCGACGGUUGCUUCGAUCAGCCACGGUUACUGCCGAGCGGAUCACGAAACUCAAAACGUGCCUGACGGAGGCUGCUGAGACGCUUGACAACCUUCUGGCGAAUCCGCAGCUGCCCACGAGCGAAUCGCUAGUCGCAAACAAGGCCACGGACGGAGAGAUCGCAAAUCUGGCGAUGAAGCUUGAAGAGCUCGGAGUCGAGAGUUGUGAGAAGGUAUUUCCACAAAAUCCUGCUUCCGCCGCUGCGGACGGACAGAUUUCGGAGACCACGAAGGCCAAGACGAGCAAGUGCGAGUUCUGUGGCGAAGAGCUACCAAAAAACAGCAAUGUGAGAAAGCGCCAUAUGAAGAAGUGCCCGAAACGUCCGAUCUUUUGUGAUCGUGACCAUUGCCGCAUGCGCAUACCCGCCGACCGCUUUGACAUUCAUCUGGCCGAGGAGUGUGAGUCCCGCGAAGUCGAGUGUCCCCAGUGCGGCGAAGACACCAUUCCAUUCUGGCGCCUUGACGACCACACGAAAACGGAGUGUAGGCGCCGCGCUGUCCCCUGUACCCACAACCACAGUGCCGGCUGUACGUGGACGGGCGCAUUCGAAGACCGCAGCCGCCACCUCCUCACCUGCCCUUACACUACGACGGAGUGCCCGCAGUGCAUGGAGAUCUUUCCCCAGUAUCAGCGCGCGACGCACAAGUGCAAGCAGGUUCCGCCCCAUGAGGACUGCAUGGUCUGUUUUGAAUCUUGGGAAGCCUUGGCUUCUCGCGGAAGCAUGCCUGCCAUCCUGCUGCUCGACGGACGGCGGAGUUGCGUUUGCAAGUCGUACCUGACUUGCAUACAGUGCGCCGAGCAGGUGCUGUCGGGGGCGACAGCGGAGAACAAAACGCCAGUAUGUCCCUUCUGCAGGAAGGCUUGCAACCUGAUCGCGCCUGUCUCUCGAGACCUGCUUCUUAGCGGAAGCAGGUCCUCUUGUGCUAGUAAAAAGCAGCUGCCGGCCCGACGACCGCCGCGGGAUGACGACGCGGCUUUCGAGUUUACGGAGCCCUUGUGUCGGCCGCCAGUUGCCUCUAGGGUCGGGAGAACCUUUUGGGUAUCCCCUCUUGACAUCCGCUUCACUCACGAUUCGGUGAAGGCGCUCUUCCGAGACUAUUACGACCAAAACGAGAAAGCGCACCGCUGUCAUCAGGGCAUUUUGGACUCUCUACGGGAAGUGCUGCGCCAGCAAGCGGCCGGGCUGGUCCCGGUCAGCCUGGAAUGUCUGGACGUCUGUUGGGCAGAUCCGCAGGCACAAACCACUUCAGCCAGCAGCAGCGGCGGUCCGAGCCCGCCGGCGCCAGGGAAAACUUUACCCCCGCGGCACCCUCGACUGUACCUGGCAGGCACGGGCAACCGACGGCUGACCAUGUGGAGGCUGUUGGCGCUGUAUCGGCCGCACCAGUUCUCCCUGAUAAAGAUCAGAAUCGUGGACCGCGCGGACCCGCGGGUUAAGUUUGAUGAAAAAUGCACGACGCAGAAUGACGGGCGGUCAAUUUGCGUGCGAGGUUGUGGCAAGGUUGGGCUGUCGAAAAGUGAACUUACGUGGAAAGAAGCACGGGAUGUGCUUGAGGACAGGAAGUAA